AUGCUUGUAAGUCAAAGUGAUGUUAGUAAUCUUUAUUCGCACACUUUUUCUUUAAUAUUUGUAGCUACUUCAUUAAUAGACAGUUUUAACAUAAAAUGUUACACUUGUUAUGAAGAAUCAUGUCCAAAGCCAUGGAAUCCAAACAAUAUCGAACAAGUAUCAUCACCGAGUGGUUGGUGCCUUACAUUUAGUAAAGAUAAUCAAACUAGUGAGUCCAUAUAUGCUCGAAAUUGGGCGUUAUCUGGCACAUGUACAGAAAGUAAAUGUGAAUGGCGUACAAAUUCCACUGGCAACUCAUUUUAUUUCUGUUGUUGCAAUACUGAUCUUUGUAAUGGAUCAGAUAGAGAAAUAACAACAACACCUACUAAUGGACAGAUACAAUUUAUUAGCAAUAUUUAUUUUGUCUUCAUAGGGUUUUUUACAGCCUUCAUAAUGACAAAAUCGUAA